UGUCUUUGUAUAGUUCCAUAUAAACAAAACAAAUGGAGGUCAGAAAUAAAACCGGUAGAUUUUGUACUACAUUAAACUCUAUUCCUGGAAACAUACAGUUAUAAAAUUUUCUGCAUCUUUUCCUGAUAAAAUUAAUGUGAAUUCAUAACUGCAUUAAUUUAAAAUGAGUCUCAAAAACAGUCUUAUUGUACUUUGGGUGUACAUAAUGUAUGUUUUAGGCAUUUGGUUCUUUUUAUCAGGGUUUCUACUGAAAAGAAUAGUUAUUCAUCAACAUAGCAAACUUCCUACCAAUUUAGGAGUUGACAUCAACUGCAAGAAUCUCACUUCAUUAAGGGCAGUUGCGUCAGCAUCUGAGAAAUCAAUGAUUUACAACGAAACUCAUCUGCAACGAUUCAAUAAAACCGUGAUUCUUGUCAUCGAUGCUCUGCGAUAUGACUUUGCUUUUCGUGAAUCUGGUUCUAUGCAUAAUGAAUUUUACUCUGACAAAAUGCCAAUUUUUAAAAAACUCCUUCAGAAUGAAAAAGGUCAUGCUAUGAUUUUCCGAACCAUGGCAGACCCUCCCACAACAACUCUGCAAAGGUUGGCAGGUUUGACGACAGGAAGCCUCCCUACAUUUGUUGACAUUUGUUUUAAUUUUGCUAGUUCUGAAAUAAAAGAGGACAACCUCAUUAGCCAGAUGAAGGCUCAUGGAAAGAAAAUAACAUUCAUGGGUGAUGAUACAUGGGAAAAUAUUUUUCCCAAUCAUUUUGACGUCUCUCACCCAUAUCCAUCCUUUAAUGUUAAGGACUUGGAUACAGUGGAUGAAGGAAUCUUGAAACACCUCUACAAGGAAAUAGAGAGUGAUGAUUCUGAUGUGAUCAUUGCACACUUCUUAGGUGUUGACCAUUGUGGACAUCGUUAUGGACCAACUCAUCCAGAAAUGAGCCGGAAGCUACGCCAGAUGAAUAAAGUUGUUGAGCUAGUUGCGAAGAAGAUUAAGCAAGAUGCAAUUUUGCUAGUUUUAGGAGAUCAUGGAAUGACUCAGAGUGGUGACCAUGGUGGUGAUAGUCUUCAAGAGAUAACAACUGCUUUGUUUUUAUACAGUCCGUCUUACUUGGGAGAUUUUAACAUGAAUGAUGAUGUGCCAACUAUUCAACAAGUGGACAUAGUACCCACCCUCUCUCUGUUAUUGGGCAUUCCUAUACCGUAUUCCAACAUAGGCUCUGCAAUAAGUCAAGUAUUUACACUGAACUUUAAUUUUACAUGCUUUCAUCCUAAACUGGAUUCACUGUUGGGAAAAGCUCUAGCAGGAACAGAAAAUAUUUUACAAGUGCAAAAGUAUGUGCAUACCUACAGUAAAGUUUCAGAAGAAAUGACAAAUUAUUUUCUUACCCAUCUCAAUGAUAAAACAAAUGAAAUCUUACAAGUAUGGAAUAAUAUAACCAAUGAUGUACCUGAAAGUGCUAAAAUUCUUAUUGAUAUUUCUGUAAAGUGCAAAGAACUUUUGCAACACAUUAGACAGACAUGUGAAGAAAAAUGGGCCACAUUCCAUCUCCAGAAUAUGAGUGCCGGCUUUAUCGUGUUGUUUUUUGUUUUUUAUCAAACGCUAGAACUCUCUGAAAAAGCUUAUUACAGUUUCAAACUACUUGCCGUUUAUGGCAUAUUGGCAUUUUUAAUGAUAGUAAUUGUUUAUUUGUUUAAAACUGUCGAUUAUUAUUUUAUUCCUUGUGUGUUUCUGUUUAUGAAAUGUUAUAGAGUGUUGAUAAAAUUUUCUACGGAUGCUGAAUUUGUAUCUAAUGUGAAAGUGACUAGCAUUCCAGCUGCAUGUGUGGUCAUGUUCUUUAUAAUGAGUUUUUCCAAUAGUUUUGUUGUAAAUGAAGAUUCAGCUGUCAUGUAUAUUCUCCAAUCCAUCAUAAUCUAUCGAUUUUUCCCACUAGUGGCAGAAUUUACCAGAACAUGCGUUACUCUGUUCUUCUGCAGAGGUAAAACUGCUAAAAAAAGUCCAAAAUGGAAUUGGAAAAUGUGUAUAGCACCUACAGUUUUAUUUCUCCUCAUACUGACCAUAAAAUUGGGUUCUGUUUUCUUCAAGUGUCGUGAAGAGCAAGUUCAUUGUGAAAAUUCUAUAUUGACACUAUCUUUGGAAAAGCUCCAUGACAAUGAAACAUUUAAAGUAAUGAGACUUGUGAUUUCAUGGAUAUCAGUUAUUUCACCUUCUGUGAUAUUUUUUACUAUUUUAAAAUAUAAAUACUCCAACUUUAAAAGACCACAAACAGUGUCUGCCAUUGCCAUGAACUAUGGAUCUUGUUUUGUUUGUAUAGUGCUAUGUUUGAGAUGGUGGCUAAACAUUCUUCCUUCGAGUGUCGUUGACAGAGUUUUGAAAGGAAAUGAGGUCUUUCUAGAUCGCAGUGCUUUUCUUAUCUCCCUCAUCAUGUGCGUCCUCACUACUCUAUACCCAUUCCUGUGUGAGCAACCAUGGCAGUUAAAAUCAAAAGAGAUCUACCAUUGCAGUUUCUUGUCUUUGUUGUUGUGCAUUGUGCAGUUGUUGCAACUAGUGGCUGGAGAUGCUUUAUCCUCUGCCAUCACUUUAAUGAGCUUAUCCACUUUAUUCUACAUCAUUCUAGUGAAUGCCUCACCUGACUCAGAAAACUGGAUUUGGACAGAUACCAUUAUUUGCUUUUUCUUAUCCCGGUUUUGGUUUUAUGCAAGUGCACAACAAUCUACAAUCACAACUAUUUCGUGGGAGCCUGCAUUUCUCUUUACUCACAAAGAAAUUUACAGCUAUAUUUUAUCCGGUGCUUUAGUGACUGUGAAUACCUUUUCAUCGUACAUCUUUCAUGGAUUGAUGCUUCCGCUUCUUUUAACCUGCACAGAAUCAUCCAUCUUUACCUCUGCCUCUCUGUUAAGGCUACAUAUGAGAUAUAUAUUUUUGUUUGGUUUUAAACUGAUAGGAACUGUGUGGGCUGCUUUUAUCCUUCGUCGUCACUUGAUGGUUUGGAAGAUAUUUUCUCCAAAGCUUAUCUUUGAAGUCAUCACAUUAUUUAUCUCUAUGAUAUCUGUUGCUAUUGGACAUCUUUUCCUGAAGAAAGUUGCAUCACAUUAUCACAGACUUAUUAGAUUGAAUCUCAGCCAUGUUUUUGAAUCAAAAGAUCAGUGAGAGAGACAUCAAAAGAUGUGUUCCACUAUGCACAAAAUAAAAAACAAGUCUCCCAAAGAA